UUCUGUACUUUUGAGGCAUAAGCAAUUAGAAAAUAACACUCACUACCCACGGACAAAUUUUUUUUUGUUACACAGUGUACGCAGACCGGGGGAGAGCUGCAGCCAGCAGCAGCUGUGGCUGAAGAAGCAGCUGCAGCAGCAGCUGCUGCUGCUGCAGGAGCAGGAGCAGCAGCUGCAGGAGCAGCAGCUGCAGGAGCAGCAGCAGCUGCGGCAAGAGCAGCAGCAGCUGCGGCAGCAGCAGCAGCUGCGGCAGGAGCAGCAGCUGGAGGAGCAGCAGCUGGAGGAGCAGCAGCUGCAGGAGCAGCAGCUGCAGGAGCAGCAGCAGCUGCGGCAGAGAGGCGAAGACAACCGCAGCACUCGGCGACAGGACCCGUGCACGCAGACCGGGGGAGAGUUGCAGCCCGCAGCAGCUACAGAGAGGCGGAGGCAACCGCAGCACUCGGCUACAGCACUCGAGGUUCGAGACAUGGAUGAGUCGGAGGCUGCCAAGCUCAUCAAAGUGCAGAGGCCGGAACUGAAGAAGUGGAUUGGCAGGGACCCCACGUACCUGCUCGACUACUUGGAGAGCAGGGGUUUGAUCCUUCGCGACAAAUACCACGAGGCCAAAGACAUCAACGUGAAAGUGGAGCGCGCCGACUUUUUGAUCAACGAGUUCAUCGGCAGGGAUGAGUGCCUCAAGCUCUGGAGGGCUCUCGAAGGCCUACAGGACCACUACCCCCAGCUGAAGGAGUGGAUCUCAGCCUGUGCGUCAACCACACAUCACGCUUGUGACGGGAAGCCUGGUCACUCUAAUCAGCCCGACUCGAUUGCAUUGGAUCAAGAUGAACAGCAAAUCACGCAGAUUGAUUCCAAACAAAAUACUCGGGUCCCUGUAACUACUGCCCACCCACCACCAACCACCAACCCACCUCCCACCAACCCACCAGCCACCACCACCACCACCAACCACGAACCAACCCACCCACCACUGCCGCCGCCAAAUGAUGAGCCGCCGCAGGUCCACGAGAUGCCGCGGUCCAACGACGUCGUCUCGGACUACCUGCACAUGGAUUCCUCCAUCAGCGAGGCGAGCGAGAACCACGGGCGGAACGUAGAGGCCAAAGAGAACCACAGUCGUGAACGAGAGAAACUACGCGAUUCUGAACCUCCUAAAAAACCAACCCCUCGUCCACGUCGUGGGAGGUGGUAACAGGUGAAGUACAGGAUUUGCCGGACAGGGCGAAGUAUGGUGGGUGGUUCGACCACCUGGGCCGUUUCGGUAACCAUGAAGGCCUGUCUGGACGCAACCUGGAAAUUCGCUGGCUAACGGGGCACUGGUUAGCCACUUAGGCUAAGGGAGUAAACCCUGAUAAAAUCCCGGGCGGAUACCAAGUGUAUCCACUCCACCUCGGUGGGGCGGAUGAGCCACGUUCCAGAUGGCCAAUGGCAUAUGGCGGAGAAGCCACUGAAUAUCUGGAGCUUCAGGAAAAGCCGUCCAAUUGUCUUGCUUUUCUGCCUUGCCAUUGGACCGUGGCUUGGUUCCUGGUUAAGCCCGUGCAGUAGGCUGGUGUGCAACAGACACUGCAUGUAAAUUAAUUCACGCACUGGCACCCUCCAGGGAAACUGUGCUAUCGCACCACCACACUACACACCCAAAGUCUUUGGGCAAUUGGCAAGUGGCGAGUGGGGGAGGCCUAUGCAGCUAGAAGCUCCUAGUAAAAAACCAACACCAAGGCGAUAGCUAUUAGAAGGUUAUAGUAGUAGGUUUUUACCCUUUAAACUGGUACAAAAACUGACACCUUUAUACAAGGCAUCAUGUUUGCAAUAACCACAACACAAGCAGUCAAAAUGCAAACAAAAAUAAACAACUCUGAUAAUGAUAAUGAUAUGCACUGUCCUUGGAGUUGAUUUGUCCACACCCGAGACAGCUUUCUUAAAGCCUAGUCUCCAUUGGUGUUGGACCAGAUGACGCCAAAAGGUGUACAACUCAAAAACAGCGCACUAUCAGAGUAUUGAGAGCCUGGGGUAUUUUGCCACUGGUAAAGGAGGUCUCAUAGUGCAUUAGAAGGUUGUCGUGCACUCAGAUUAGGCAGGAGUGCAUCCCAGCAGCUGUAGCUGUGACUGAGCAGCCACAUAGAUCCAAUCUGCCUAGCAACAUCCUGUCUGGCUUACCGUGACCAGAGGGAGCAUCAAAAAUUGCGGUCGAAACAAAAAUAAAUAUAACCUAAAUAUUGGUUCCUGGAAUGUCAGGACCCUCACAGACAACUCAAACUCGCAACAUCCAAAGCGCUAAACAGCUCUUGUGGCGAGCGAGCUGAGACAAUUGAAUAUCCAUAUUGCCGCCCUCAGCGAAACUCGUCUGGCAUAUGAAGGCCAACUGACUGAGCAACGUGGAGGCUACACCUUCUUUUGGAAGGGUAAACCAGCACAUGAACGACGCCUGCAUGGUGUAGGGUUUGCAAUAGACAACGUGUUCAUCGACAGCUCAAGUGAACUUCCAAUUGGUAUCAAGGAGCGUUUUAUGACCCUACGUCCUGAAACUCGCAAAAGACCAACAUGUAACCAUCAUCAGCACCUAUGCACCAACACUGGACUCUGAAGAAGACACCAAGGAGACCUACUACUAUCAGCGAAACGUCGUACUACUCAAACUUUAAAAUGCUGUUGAUUCUCUCUUCAACACACCGGUGGGCUAAAGAAGUGAAUUAUUUUGUCCUUUGAAAAACGUGACACAUUUUUUACUGUUUGGCCGUGUCGGGUGGUGGAGGGUUACGACACAUUUAUACAUAACGCGAUCUGACCCAAAAACCUAUAUUAUAAUUCGAUCAGUGAUGAAUCUCAAACUAAACCACAAACACAUCAACCGACCAAAACUACAGAGGAAAAGACCCAGCAGUACAGGCCCGACUGAAAUAACAACUAGCUCAAAGACUCUGCACCAAACAGGCUUCAGGAAAAUAUUCAUAAGUACUGGACAUAACUGAAGACGGCAGUUAGAACCAGCUGUGAAAACACCAUUAGCUACAUAAGAAGGAAAAAAUAUGACUGGUUUGAUGACAACGACCAGGAAAUCACAGGCCUCAUUGACAGGAAGCAGAAAGCAUUAAUCGCCUGGGAACAACACAAACAGUCUAGACAGAAAAAAACAAUCAUAUAAGGAGGCCAAAUGGGAAGUACAAACUAAAAUCCGGGAACUCAAGAACUGGUUCAGAAACAAAGCAGAAGAAAUACAACAUCUUGCAGAUUCUAGUAACCCACAUACAUUUUUUCAAGCAACCAAAGUCGUACAUGGACCAUCAAAACAGGGCCUUGCACCACUCCAGUCUAAAGGUGGGACAGAAAUCUUCAAAGACAAAAGUGCAAUCAUCUCCCGCUGGCAGGAACACUUCAGCACUCUUUUCAACUGCAAUGCUGUUGUAGACGCUUCUAUAUUCAAUGGGAUUCCGCAACACUCUACCACUGAGGAUUUAGUUGGAGAACCAACGUUGCUUGAAGUGGCUUAAGCUAUCAAGCAAAUGAAAGAGAACAAAGCUCGUGGGCUAGACCAGAUUCCUGCUGAGAUUUACAAACAUGGAGGACAACGCCAACUAGAACACCUGCACUCCCUCAUGGCCAGGAUCCGGAAUGAUAAAGACCUUCCCAACGAAUUGAAAGAUGCCAUCAUCGUCACUGUCUUCUAAAAAUGUGACAAGUCAGACUGUGACAACUACAGAGAAAGCACUAGUGUAUAGUGUAGUGUAUAGCGCAGUGUAUAGUGCAAUGGAUAGUGUAGUGUAUAGUGUAGUGUAUAUGGCGCAGUGUAUAGUGCAAUGGAUAGUGUAGUGUAGUGUAUAGCGUAGUGUAUAGUGCAAUGGAUAGUGUAGUGUAUAGUGUAGUGCAUAGCGCAGUGAAUAGUGAAAUGGAUAGUGUAGUGUAUAGUGUAGUGUAUAGCGUAGUGUAUAGUGCAAUGGAUAGUGUAGUGUAUAGUGUAGUGUAUAGCGCAGUGUAUAGUGCAAUGGAUAAUGUAGUGUAUAGUGUAGUGUAUAGUGUAGUGUAUAGUGUAAUGUAUAUUGUAGUGUAUAGUGCAAUGGAUAGUGUAGUGUAUAGUGUAGUGUAUAGCGCAGUGUAUAGUGCAAUGGAUAGUGUAGUGUAUAGUAGUGUAGUAUACAGUGUAGUCAGGGACGUGCGGUGAGGCGAGGCAGGGAAGGCACAGCCUCGCCUGUUAUACUCCAAUGAAAAUAGCUGUUACGAGAAGUUAAAAAUAAUACAAUAAAAAUUUAGAUUCUUCCACUGAUCUGUGUUAUGUCAUUUCCGUAUGAUUCCAAAAAUUUUGAUAUUCAAAAUCGCCAAAUUUGCGGAGCUCCGCUGCAAAUACAGAGAGCCUCCCCUCUGAUUUUGCAACCCCUCAGAAACUGGAUGAAGCGCGGGCAAUAAGCGCGUGCCUGUUACUGUCUCUCUGUCAUUAUUGGAAUCAUACAGAAAUGACAUUUAUAACACAGAUCAGUGGAAAUUAGUUUUUUUCGUAACAGCUAUUUUCAUUGGAGUAUAUGACAGGUGUGCCUCCCCUGACCGUACGUCCCUGAGUGUAGUUUAUAGUAAUGUAGUGUAUAGUGCAGUGUAUAGUGUAGUAUACUAGUGUUGAGGUGCAAUUCACGACUCCGAGGCAGGUUGCUGUUAGGGGCUCACGCCAUGUUUAUUUAAGGGCUUACGCCGGACCAACACCCCCCUAGCCAAUAACUCCCCAGGGGACAGGGUACUGUGAUCCCUACACCCCGGCUAACUCGGCUCUCCACCUUGCCCCGGCCCGGGACCACCCCCAACCUCGGCCGGUUGGGCGGAGUAGCCUCCCCUAGCCUCGUGUGAGGACCAACUACCCGAGUCCCCACUCCUACCCCCGACGAACCCCGCUUCCAUCCCGGGUCCCCCUUUAAAUACCCCCGUGGGGCAUGACGUCACCAUCCUCCACGGCCCGCCUGACGUCACGUCCCGCAACGCCACUCUCUCUGAGGGCGCGCGUGACGUGACGUCACCCACUACACCUCUACAUCACCCCCCCGCCGUGAAAAAAACACAGCCAACCCGGCUGCAAUCACCCUGAGAGCGGGGACACACGUGCGCCCACUCGAACCCCACAACCUUAGGGCAGCACGUCACAUGAUAAAGUAAGAACAGGGCACCCCCCCGGACCAUGGAAAGAGGCCCCGUGGGUCGGGGAUGUAGAAGCCGGCCCGCCCCCGGCCGUCAGUGGAUACGCAUGCCUCUUAAGCGCGUGUGUUCAAAGUUCAUUUAUUUGGUAUAGCCCUGUGAGCCAUUCGGCUCUUGAAUCGGGUGCAACCGCAACAAACAAAAAACAAAAACAUGAACAAGAAAACAUCUUAAAGUGACUAUGUGCAAACAGAAAAUCCAAGAAAAGACAGCAAAAUAUUGCAGAAAAAUCACCGUACACCAACCCUGUGCAAAUAUCCCAGUGGGAUGCAAGUAAAACAACAACAACAACCACAAGACAACUUAGAUUAAGGCCAUCAGUCAAACUCUGUACUACAACAAACAAACAUGGCCAAACCAAAAAACUUUUCGAAAAUCACCAAAAUAAAGACAUAAAAGCAAUGAAACAGUGCAGGUCAUAGGAACUGUGACCGAAUUUUCACAAUAAACGACGUAAACAACACGUACUACCAAACUCUGCAGCCAUAGCUGGCUGCAUGAGUCACUCCACAACAGCAGCAGCAUCAGUCGGAGUGUGAGCCGCCGGCCUGCCACCCCGCACGGCCCCGGCCGUUGGAACCGGCGGCGCGCCGGCAGGAAGCGGCUGCGCCGCUGGCACAUCCACCAGUGUAGGCACCCCUGGCGGCGCUUCGGUGGGGGCACUGGCGACGCACCGCGGGCAGGCCGCUACUCCACGCGGCCUCGGCCGUUGGAAUAGGUGGACCGCCUGCCAUUGGACCGUGGCUUGGUUCCUGGUUAAGCCCGUGCAGUAGGCUGGUGUGCAACAGACCCAGGUCUGUUGCAGGCCCCCCCCACCCCGCAUUGCCCACCUGACGUCACGUCCCGCGACGCCACUCUCUCCGAGGGCACGCGUGACGUGAUGUCACCCACUCCACCUCUACACCAGAGGUCGCAAUCGGGUACCCGAUACCCGUACCCUACCCUGAUGGACGUGAAGCGUCGUCAGUGGUUGCCUUCAACUGCCAACGCUGCUCUUUCGGAGUGGUUUCUCCUCCCUCCUGCCUUUUCCAAAAAAAUAAUUAAGAGUGAUAUCGCCUAUUUUUUACGUAAUAGUUCUUUUUUUCUAUCUGGAUUUAGCGCGUUCUAAAAAACACACCGCCAUAAUGGAGGCCUGUGAACUCCCUUGAGACAACAAAGGCUAAAACAGCACCCCCUGCUGCAUCGCCCUCUGGAGGUUGAUAACACUGGUCAACAAAAAAAAUAUUUUUUUCUGGCCUGGACUUUUGCAGCUGUUUUAGACUAAUUUCAGGGUGCCGAUUCCAAAUCUGAUCUCAGAUUUGCUUUAUCACAUCUCAUUUUUAGGUAUAGGCAUACUCCAUCUUCAUUGAUUUUACCCGAAAUUAACGCCGUCACUUAUGAUUGCAAGUUGUUGCGAGUCAGUGACUGCUUUAGUGUUAAAAUAUGGUGCUGUAUUUUUAGGAUAGUGUGUUUAUAAUAUCAUUUUAUGUAGAUAUCCACAUUAGUUUAAUAUUUUUCUUCUGCAGUUUUAAUUGAAAAUGCAAUAUUUGAUAUCUAAAAAACCUGAUGUGAUAGACAAAAACUAAUGCCAGAUUUGGAAUCAGCACCCCAAAAUUACAUUAAAACCGUUGGAAUACCUUAUGCCAGAAAAAGUGUGUUGACCAGUAUUAUCCACAAGCCUUGGCUUGGGAAGUUGUAAGGUUGGAUUGACCACCACCAAAUAGGAAUAUUUUCAAACAUCAUGGUAUUAACGUUAACUUGAUGAUAUGUAUAUGAUGAUGUACCUCAGAUCAAAAGGUUUAAUAUGACUAUUUUGUAUAUUUUUAAUUAACAAUAUCUAUUACACCAUACGGUCUGGGAUAAGUCGGUAAAAAUUAAUGAGUGACCUAGGGAAUUUCUGAGAUAGUAGCUGUUUUACUUUUAAUCGCAUAAUCUUGCAAAUCUGAUCGUUGAUGCCUUCUAAACAUUUGAUAAGGAUAAUUUUUGAACACGUAUGCUGACAUUGAUACUGUUGUUGUGGGUUAGCCUGUACGUAUUGUUUGAUCACGUGAUCGGGAGAUCCGAUUGUUGAUGCUUAUAACCAUUUGAUACGCAUAUUUUCGGACAUGCAUUCCGUACGCAUAUUGCUAUUUUAGGGUCUGCCUAUUGUUUUUAUCACGUGAUCGUGAAUAUUAGCCAAUACUUGUUUUUUUGUCAUUUAAUACGGAUUGAUGAGUAGGUAUAUUUGCAUGUAUACUAUCGUUGCUAUUAAUUACUGUUGAUAAGAGUUCUGCAUAUUAGAGUAAGUUGAUAUUAAAGUUGCUUAGAA